AUGGUGUCUCAAGAAACUAUCAACCGCGUCAAAGAAAUGAUCAAUGAAAAGGAAAUCUUCAUUGCUUCAAAGACAUACUGUCCAUACUGUUUCUCGACAAUAAAAACACUUUUCGAAGAAUUGAAAGUCCCAAAAUCUAAAGCUUUGGUAUUGCAAUUAAAUGAAAUGGAUGACGGUGCUGAUAUUCAAGAGGCCCUUUUCGAAAUUAAUGGCCAAAAGACUGUACCAAAUAUUUACAUCAACGGGAAACAUAUUGGGGGUAACUCUCAAUUACAAGAUUUAAAGGAAUCUGGUGAAUUAGAUGAUUUAUUAGAACCAAUCAUGGAAUAA